AUGUCUCGUCCAGGUGGACUCUCUGAGGUUUUCGAAGCAGAUGGAAAGGUCGAGUUUAUCUGUGACUUGAUGAGGACCGAGGUUGAAGCAAGGACAGGGAAGAAGUACGACAUGUUCAAAGCCGAGAUGUACAAGACGCAUGUUGUGGUCGGGACCAACUACUUCAUUAAGGUCUAUGUGGGAGGAGAUGAUCAUGUUCAUCUCAGCGUCUACCAAAAACUGCCAUGUAAUGGAGGAACCCUUGAGCUGACUGAGAUUCAGCAAGGCAAAAGCCACCACGACCCCAUUGAGAUGAAAAUGAAAAGGGAGAUGAAGCACGAGGUUGAAGCAAGGACAGGGAAGAUCUACCCCAUCUUCAAAGCCAAGUUGUACAGGACGCAGGUUGUGGCCGGGAUCAACUACUUGAUUAAGGUCCAAGUGGGAGAAGAAAAAUACGAUCAUCUCCAGAUUUUCCAAGCACUGCCAUGUGAUGGAGGAACCCUUGAUCUGACUGGCAUUCAGCAAGGCAAAAGCUCCGACGACCCCCUUGUGCCUUUCUAGAGGGACCACAAACCAAACAAAGCAUCCUAUCAGUGCCUACAGGCUGUUCAA